AUGACGUAUAAGUACGCAAAGGGCUGUCACCACAGCUCCGGCACAUCUGUUCAUACCUUCUCUGGUAUUGCACUCACCAUAAGAGGGAAGCGCUGCUCAACGAAGCAAUACUAUUGGUCGGCAACACAGUUGUCCUCAACGACGAGUCAGGCGCUGUUAGAGUCGGGCCAACGGCCGACUGUCGUCCAGCAGUUGUGUUCGCUGCCCAUCGAGUACUUCAGCGACGAUCGACUGUCUCGGGUGUUGUUCCCGACGCUAAUCGCCUGU